UACUACACUAAAACUGUUAAAGGAAAGAAGAAGAAGACACCUCCAGAAGCGUCAACAGUCGGACUCCAACAUUACGUCAGGUGAUUUAUUUGCGGGUUGAAAAACAAAUAUAACUAAAUCAUUUUGGACGCGAUAUCUUGAUAACAUUAAUGCGGAGUUGGCGAAGAAUCAGCGUUAAAACGAUGCGGCAAACAAAUAUUCCACACAGUUGUUUUCCAGCGCUAGCUACUUAGCUAAGCUAUCCUUCCUGGUGGAGCCUGACAACUAAACUGAAUGGAACACAUUCUGCUUUCUUUCAGCAGAGGAAACUGACCAUUACAGUGAAUUCAGAACUUUAGAUGCAUCUCUGCUUGUUGGAACUUCACAACUGAACUUGGGCCAUAAACACCAUAAAUGUAGCUUCACUUCCUGAAGUGAAUGCAAGACUUUAAAGUGACCCGUAAGUACCCUGGGUGUCGUGUUGACACGCAGAAUCGCAUUUGGGCUUCCGUUAUUUCAACAUACAAUGUGGCUGCAGCAGAGACUGAAGGGGCUCCCAGGCUUGUUGUCAAGCAGUUGGGCACGGAGGGUCCUCAUCGGGCUUCUCCUCUUCCUCAUCUUCUACUGGUACCUGAGGGCAGAGCGCAGGUGGAGGUUCCUGGGCGGUUCGGCUGUUCCCGGAGGCGCGGCAGGGGAGUGUCUCCAGAGUGAGAUCCACAGGUGGAGGUCUAUAGUGGAGCGAGGAGAGGGGAUCUACAGCACACCAGAGGAGCCGCUAGACACGCCUUUCGUCUCGGGGAAUGGCCAUAUUCUCAUCGAUAUAGACGCGAACAAGUUGUGGGUGUCGUCAUCUCUAGAGCCCGGCUCAGCUCCGGUACAUCAGGCCGACCACUCACCAAGGGUCAGCGUUCAUCUGGUGGGGGAGCGGGCCGAGGCUCGGGCUAACAUGCUGUGGUUCCGGAAGGGAGCCGUGCUCUCCGUCCGGUGCGCCUCGCCGGUCGCGGCGCAGUCAACCCGUGACUGCGUCUCCAUCCGGGAGGAGUUCAUCGCACACCGUAGCCGACCCAACGUGUACAUGCAACGGAUCCACAUCAAGAACCCGUUAGACCGAGCCGCAACCGUGGACAUAUCAUCCAGCAGCCCAGGUUCGAGGAGCAGGUUCUCCUCCAGUGUGGACAAACUUGACGACAGAGAGGUGGAGCUCUCCUCCGGAACGGUGCAAGUGGAGAGCAAUCGGGUAGUUCUGGUAGUGGUGGUCACCAGAAAGCUGAAGAGCAGGAUCCAGGUCCCUGCUAAAUCUGACUACUCGGACAACAUUCUGUCUGUUGUGUGGACCUCAGAGCCCAUUGAGUCCUCGAAGCUGGAGGCGACCUUUAGCAGUCUCAGAGAUGGUGCCAAGAAGGAGAUGGAAGAGCUUCUCAGGGCUGAUGUGAAGGACCUAGUUCUGGAUCACCAGCAGGCCUGGAUGAACCUUUUUAUCUCAGGUGUUGAAAUGAGAAAGAUCACAGACUCCCAUACACCAUCUGGUCGUACCGUGAACAACACCCUCUACUACAUCCUGUCCUCCUCCAUGGCCCCUCUGCUCGACCAACGGCUGAGUGGCGAAGACCGGGCACGCCUCGAGUCCAGCCUCAACUAUGCUGACCAUUGUUUCAGUGGCCAUGCCACCAUGCAUGCUGAGAACCUGUGGCCUGAGAGGGUGAGCAGCACCGCUCAGAUCCUUCAGCUGGUCACACUGUGGACUCUGACCCUGCAGAAGAGAGGCUGCAAAGUACUGGUGGCUGCUGGUGCCCACGGGGUCAUGCAGGGCAUGGUGCUCAGCUUUGGUGGUCUUCAGUUCACAGAGAACCACCUUCAGUUCCAGGCUGAUCCAGAUGUGCUGCACAACAGCUACGCUCUGCGAGGAAUCCACUACAACCAGGACCUGAUCAACCUGGCUGUGCUGCUGGAUGUGGAGGGGAAGCCCUUCAUGCACGUGUUGGUGAAGCAGCAGGAGACGCCAGUGAAGCUGUACGCCUGCGAGGCUGGCUGCCUCAAUGAGCCUGUGGAGCUGACAUCUGAAGUCAAAGGCCACACGUUCCCUGUCAUGGUGACCCAGCCCAUCACACCGCUGCUCUACAUCUCCACUGACCUGCGUCACUUGCAGGACCUGCGCCACACCUUGCACCUCAAGGCCAUUCUGGCCCACGAGGAGCACAUGGCAAACAGGUACCCCGGUCUGCCCUUCCUCUUCUGGUUCAGUGUGGCAUCACUCAUCACCCUCUUCCACCUCUUCCUAUUUAAACUCAUCUACAACGAGUACUGUGGCCCCGGCGCCAAGCCGCUCUUCAGGAGCAAGGUCUCCAACAAAAGGGAAGACGAUGACCAUGACUCCUUGGAUGUUGCUUAAACAUAGCUUCAGCGCAUGUUUGCUGUUGUCAUGGACACAUGUACAUGGGGGGUGAGGUGGAUGGGUUGUUUCCUGUUGGUGCUGAAUCUCAAAUCUCUGUUAUGCAACUCAGCUGCUUAGUUUUAUAGGAAAUAACAUCCAGCAUGGUGGAAUACCCCCCAAAAUCUGCUGAUAUUUCUCUUGGAACCAAACCACAGGGCUGUAAUUAUCAAUAUCAUUUCUAAAAAUGUGAAUUUGUUUUACUCUGCAUGUAGACCAGAUCUACACAUACUGGAAAAGUCCUAAAAAAACAAAGUGAUAUAUUCAUAUAUUGUGUGGCCCUGGUGGUGAAAUCAUGCCCAACGUAAAAAAGAAUCACAAGAAACAACACAGUGAGCUCUGAAUGGAUGGUCACUGUAGCUACAGUACUGUGCAAAUGUUUUAGGCAGGUGUGAAAAAAUGCUGUAAACAAAGAAUGCUUUCAGAAAUAUAAAUGAUUGUUAAUUUUCAUCAAUUUACAAAAUGCUGAGUGAACCCAAACAUACAAC